AGCAACUCUGACAUUCAUCAGAGAAAAAGGAACUGAGCAAACCAUAGAGAAGAGGAGGGAGAGACAGAGACAGACACAGACAGGACUACAUAUUACAAAGAAUUUUUACUCGGAGAAAAACAACGAAACUUUCAGAUUUUAGAAGAUACUGCACAGAAGUACAGUGAACAUCAGUGAAGCUAAAACAAUGACAAUCCUCAUCUUCACCCUUUUCCUGAUCUCAGGUACGAGGGGCUUUGAUGUGAUUGGCUACUCAGGAGGCACUGUCAUAAUCUACUGCAAUCACCAAGUGUAUGGAGAGUACACUAAAUAUUUUUGCAAGGAAAACAACACUCCAAAUACUCUGAAGGAAUGUUUUUUUAUAAAACCUAAUCAAGCACAGACGACAUGGAUUUAUAAAGACAGGAUUUUUCUGCAUGACUUUCCUGGAACUCUUACAGUGAUCUACAGAGCACUGAGUUUACAGGAUGCUGGAAUAUAUCAGUGUGGAGGGAGUGGAGUGUGGAAUUAUGAUAUGAUACUGAAAAUAAAUACAGAUCCAUGUUGUGUGAGUCCAAAAACUGUGAUUGGUUUUCUGGGAGGUGUCAUCAUCAGUUGUCAAUAUCCAGAGGAGUUUAAGGACAGCUACAAGUACUUCUUCAAACUGAAUGGUCAACAGUUUAUUCAAGUGAUCAGCACCACUGAGCCUCAGAAAGAUAGAUUCACAAUUUCUGAUGACAAAAGCUCUAAAGUUGUCAGUGUGAGAAUCAGUGAUGUGAGAGAAGAUGAUGGAGGAGUUUAUUUCUGCGGAGCUGGGAUUGGAGGGAAGUCAGUCAAUUAUUACUCUAUCCUCCCAGAGAUUCAGCUACAGGUUUCUGCAUUCAGAACAACCUACAAACUACAACCUACAUCGACGGUGCCAACAUCAGUCACAUCUGGAGAAAAUUUCAGUUCCUCUAUCAUUAUCACUGUGUGUGUCUGUGUGGCUCUGCUGCUGAUUGGAGGAUCAGCACUGAUCUACAAACUGAGAUGCAAGAAAACACAAGAUCCUGCCUAUGUUAACAAAAGAUCAGAGAGAACAGGCACAGCUGAUACUGACUAUGAAAAUGACCCACCUGGAAACCAGAACUCCAUGAGUAUGGGACUAGUCUACAGCAAUGUGGAAUUCGACACCAACCAAUCACAUUCAUCCUACCAGCACCUGGACCCCCAAAGUAGAGAACCAGAUUUAGUUUACCACAGUCUAAAUCCCAAUGCCAGUUAGAUUCAGUCUCCCAGAGUCUUAGUCCCCACACCAAUCAAUCAGAUUCAGUCUACCAGAGUCUCAUUCCCAACACUAAUCAAUCCAAUUUAGACUACUAGAGUCUAAACUUCAGGAGUGGAAAUGACUGAGGAACACAACAGAACACCAUUCCAAGAGUAAAUAGAAUGGCUCAUAUUUCAAAAUUUCAGAUACUGAUUUAUAGCUAAAACAACAUAUCGUAGUUUCACGCUGUUUCUAAAGUAUGUACA